ACGUGCUCUGUAUUUAAGUCCUAUCACGGCUCGACCUCUAUACUCUGAGCAGCAGCGUCGGCGGCGGCCAUCACCGAUCACUGUAAGUGCGCCUAGCAAGUUCAACCAAGCAGCAGCAGUAGCAGAGAUGGCGGCCGCCUUCUCCUCCACCGUCGGAGCUCCGGCCUCCACACCGACCAGCUUCCUCGGGAAGAAGCUCAAGAAGCAGGUGACCGCGGCCGUGAACUACCAUGGCAAGAGCUCCAGCGCCAACAGGUUCAAGGUCAUGGCCAAGGAGCUUGACGAGAGCAAGCAGACCGACCAGGACCGGUGGAAGGGCCUCGCCUACGACAUCUCCGACGACCAGCAGGACAUCACCAGGGGCAAGGGCAUCGUCGACUCCCUCUUCCAGGCGCCCAUGGGUGACGGCACCCACGAGGCCGUGCUCAGCUCCUACGAGUACAUCAGCCAGGGGCUCAGACAGUUCAACUUGGACAACACCAUGGACGGCUUGUACAUCGCCCCGGCCUUCAUGGACAAGCUCGUUGUCCACCUCUCCAAGAACUUCAUGACCCUGCCGAACAUCAAGGUGCCACUCAUCCUGGGUAUCUGGGGAGGCAAGGGUCAGGGGAAAUCCUUCCAAUGCGAGCUUGUCUUCGCCAAGAUGGGCAUCACCCCCAUCAUGAUGAGCGCCGGAGAGCUGGAGAGCGGCAACGCCGGAGAGCCAGCCAAGCUCAUCAGGCAGCGGUACCGUGAGGCUGCGGACAUCAUCAAGAAGGGCAAGAUGUGUGCUCUCUUCAUCAACGAUCUCGACGCCGGUGCUGGUCGCAUGGGCGGGACGACGCAGUACACCGUGAACAACCAGAUGGUGAACGCCACCCUCAUGAACAUCGCCGACAACCCCACCAACGUGCAGCUCCCCGGCAUGUACAACAAGGAGGAUAACCCCCGCGUGCCCAUCAUCGUCACCGGUAACGACUUCUCCACCCUCUACGCGCCACUCAUCCGCGACGGUCGUAUGGAGAAGUUCUACUGGGCUCCCACCCGCGAGGACCGGAUCGGUGUCUCCAAGGGUAUCUUCCGCUCCGACAACGUCCCCGAUGACGCCAUUGUCAAGAUCGUCGACACCUUCCCUGGGCAGUCCAUCGACUUCUUCGGUGCCCUGCGUGCCCGGGUGUACGACGACGAGGUGCGCAAAUGGGUCGGAGAGACCGGAGUGGAGAACAUCGGCAAGAGGCUUGUCAACUCCCGGGAGGGCCCACCGACCUUCGAGCAGCCCAAGAUGACGGUGGAGAAGCUCUUGGAGUACGGGCACAUGCUGGUGCAGGAGCAGGAGAAUGUCAAGCGUGUGCAGCUUGCUGACAAGUACCUCAGCGAGGCAGCUCUUGGUGCAGCUAACGAGGAUGCCAUCAAGUCUGGUGCCUUCUACCAGCAGUAGAACAUUAUAUUGCUAGGCGGCCGGCCGGCCUGCAUAGGAUCCAGGAGGUAAAGCAGCGCAGCAAGUUGAUGUUCCUGACCGGAAGGUUGCACCGACCAGGGUACCAACGACGGCAGCUUCCUUUACAACUUUUAAGCUUAAUUGCCAUUUUUUUACUCCCGAUGUUAGUUUUACUCUUUGUACUAAAAUACCGGAUCCGGUAGCUGGGCAUGAAAAGUUUUUGUCAAUAUAAAGAUAUAUAUGGGCUGUAUUAAUUGAUUUGGUAUGUACAAAAGAGUAAAAGAAUAUCUAUCAUUUAAUUUGCCUCUCA